AUGGCCGCAGAGUUGAAGAGCAAGGUCGAUAAGAUGAUCGAGGAGAAUAGGGUGGUGGUCAUUGGUAAAUCGUGGUGCGGUUUUUGUCGACGUGCUCGCGGUACUCUGGAAAGGAUGGUGCCGGACGUGACGAAUUGGGAUAUCGACACGGAUGGCUCUGAGUCUGUGGUGCAAGACUACCUGCACAAGAAGACUGGUCAGCGAACCGUUCCAUUUGUAUUCAUCAACGGGGAGUUCAUCGGUGGAUGUGACGAUCUUCAUCGUAUACCUCAACCGCAGUUGAAGCAAUUGAUCAACAAGAAGCCUGCGCCGAGCUCGUAG